CUAUGACAGGUGAUCUAAAGCAAGUAAGUCGAAUGAUUCUCCUUAAGUUACCACAGUCAGCACCUACAAACUUUUAAAAAUCAAUUUUGUCUGGCCGUGCUUCCACCCUUGCAUCAUGCACAUCAGUCCACUACCGAAUAUUCCGAAUAUUUUAUUUUAUUGUUCCCUUUCUGCUGUUGUCUUAGCCCCCUUUGUGUAGAAGUUUGUACCAAGCUGUUGCAAGUCACCACCUACUUAUUCAGACUUGGUACUUCACCUAAGUAUCGGAACCAGCAAUAAACCAUUAUGUUUGGCAUCCGCGAUCUCAUCAACGACCUCACAGGCCAGGUCUUCGACCCGGUGGCUUUCUAACAUCGGCUUUCCCCGUUGCUUUAAGCAUCGAAAGGCAAGUCUCACUUUUAGGUGUAUAGCACUUUAAACCUAGUCAUCAUGGGGAGAGCUCGUCAGCGUUUCUUGGAUAUUGUCCAGGCGCUUCGCCCGUCCUUCUUGUCUAGGAAUCCACACUUCAACUUUAUUACGGUCCAUUAUUUCUGGAUUAUUGGAUUGACUAUUAUUGGAUCCAUCUUGAUUUAUGCAUCUGCUCGAGGUCAAUUGGCAUAUAUUGAUGCUCUCUUCUUUGCUAGCGGUGCAAACACCCAAGCAGGACUGAAUACUCUUGAUGCCAACUUGCUCAAUACUUUUCAGCAGCUGGUGAUUUACUUCCUCAGUAUGAUGUCUAAUCCAAUUAGCAUUCACUCCUGUGUUGUCUUCUUGCGUCUCUAUUGGUUCGAGAAGAGAUUCCAGCAUAUUGCAACAGAAGCCCGGACGCGACGAGUUUCUAUGGCCACAUCACGGUCGAAGGCAAAAACAAUUCCCGUAGAUCUAGAAAAGGGCGUCAAUGGCCGGAACAUCACCGUGAUGCAUAAUACCGCCAACGCAUCUCGAAUGACUAACGAUGGCAUCGUAUUAGAUAACUACACUAUCGAGGGAGCUACAAACCAUGAGCCGUUCGCGAAUGGGUUUCAUACUAGGGACGAAUCUGAUCCUAGAGAUCAGGACCAAUCCUUUCAGCGGCUUCCUACACCUCAAAUUAAAUUUUCAGACCAGGUCAAGAGGAGUGAUGAUUCGGAUGACGAAGAAGUCCCACUACCUCCUAAGCGGACCGAUGCGGAACAUAUCGCCAUCGUGGAAAGGCAGCGCAAGAUAGAUAAGAGUGCGCUCAGAAUUCCAGGGCCGCGUGAUGCCGAUAGAGGUGCGCUACCGGAAGAAGUAGACGAAGAAGGGCCCGAAGGUCCCGGUCUUUCGGGCCGUAGACGAAGAGAAUCAAGUGUCGAAGGUCCCCACCGACCAACGUCUCCCUUGCAUCCCGCAAGUCGUCCAGAUCGCCAACCAACAAUUACCAUCGAAGAGCCGGUAAAGCCACACAGAGAAGAGCACGAUUUUUAUGAGGAGAUAGCAGAGGAUGUUGAGGCGGCUGCUCAUACGGUUGGUGUUUUGAAACCCCGGAUGCCUAGGAAAGAUGGGGAAAAACUACAUCACACUGAGACUACUGCGUCGACUACUCGGAUCAACCCCCUACAUCGUAUUAAGUCCGUCCUAACUCAGAGUAAGGAUGAGGAUCCUAUGCCAUAUCUGAGUUGGCAGCCGACAAUAGGUCGAAAUUCUGCCUUCCUGGGGCUCUCCGAAGAGCAGAGAGAGGAGCUGGGUGGCAUCGAAUAUCGAUCUCUAAAGACGCUUGCCCUUUUCCUCACAAUCUACUUCUUUGGUUACACCAUCUUCGGCAUAAUCACUCUAGUUCCGUGGAUAGUCCAUAACAACGACUACUAUGGCAAGAUUGUUGACGAGGCCGGCCAAAGCAGGGUAUGGUGGGGCUUCUUCACGGCAAACUCUGCGUUCAUGGAUCUCGGCUUGACGCUUACUCCGGACAGCAUGAACUCAUUUAACACAGCCAUCUUCCCGCUCCUCGUAAUGUCAUUCUUGAUUAUACUUGGAAACACUGGAUUCCCUAUCAUGCUUCGUUUCAUGAUCUGGCUAUUUUCUCUCUUUGUACCCCGCGGGUCUGGUCUCUGGGAGGAGUUGAGGUUUCUCUUAGACCACCCGCGACGGUGUUUCACGCUCUUGUUUCCGUCAAAUGCUACUUGGUGGCUAUUCUUUAUCUUGGUCGCUCUUAACGGGGUGGACUUGAUUUUGUUCAUCAUCCUCGAUCUACAUGGUGAAGCGGUCGCCGGACUGCCGCUAAAUAUCCGCUUCCUUGAUGGAUGGUUCCAAGCCACAGCUACUAGAACUGCGGGAUUCUCCUGUGUAAAUCUGUCUGCUCUUCACCCAGCCGUCCAAACGUCAUACCUCAUCAUGAUGUAUAUUUCCGUCUUCCCCGUUGCUAUCUCAAUUCGUAGGACGAACGUUUACGAGGAGAAGUCUCUUGGAGUUUACAGUACAGGUUAUGAUGCCGACGACACUGAGCAGAGCAAGAUAUCAUAUGUCGGAACACAUUUACGGCGCCAACUCUCUUUCGACUUGUGGUACAUAUUCGUCGGCUAUUUUAUUCUUACUAUUACCGAAGGCCCAAAGCUUAUGGCUGGAGAUUUCUCCAUGUUUGCUGUACUCUUCGAGAUUGUGAGCGCUUACGGCACGGUUGGGCUCAGCUUGGGAUACACGGGUAUCAACGCCUCAUUGUGUUCUCAGUUCACUGUCCUUGGCAAACUCGUCGUUAUCGCUAUGCAGAUUCGUGGCCGCCAUCGUGGUUUACCCUACGGACUUGACCGGGCCGUUCUUCUACCUAGCGAGCACCUCAACCGUAAGGAGGCCGAGGAAGCUGAAUUAACUCUACAACGUCGUCAUUCGGCAAUGUCCAAUGGGCAGCACUCUCACCACCGGCCUGCGAGUCCGAAGCGAGGCCGUAGCCGCAGCGUAGAUAGGAGAAACCUUCUCACAGGUCUCUUACACCCCGGCCCGACUUACCCGUCUCAUCAUUCAAUAGGGAAAUCGGAUGGCUCGAUUGGAUUUGACGCAAUGGAUACAUUGAGGAAGCAUAUCACGGACCCAGGGAAGGGCGAAAACGGUGAUACGCACGAACCGAUUCCGAGACGUAGAAAGAGAGCCGAUACACAGCCAACCUUUGAUCAUUAGUGGAGGAAAGGUACGGCGGGAUGGGAAAUGUCCCCGGUGCCAAAAGGGCCCGUGGGUGAUGAACCAGUACGAGCAUCUUCGCAACCGAUACCAAUCCGCAAUACCGAUAUAGAGCAGGCUAGAACCUUGCCGGUAUUCCACAAUCCUUGGUGGCAGCGAGGCACGAGAGUAAACUGGUACCUUGGGAGUACGGGAUGACUUACAUAUCCGCCUUGUUUUUCUAGUAUCGGCCGAAUGCGAAAACUAACGGGGAAGACGAGACUAGAAUAACUAUUUGCACAGAUGACGUUAGAGACGGGGGCUCAGGCCUGGAAUAGAAACGUUAUUAGAUACUAGAUGGAGGCAAUAUUGAUUUCUCUCGGUUGGCGUUUGUCUCAGACACGGCGUUUGGAUUACAUGAACUCUCAAGAAGGUUCGUAGGAGCCAUGAUAUCCUAGGGAGGAAGCAUCUUCUGUCUUAUUUCUUUUUUCCCCCUGUCUGCUAUGAGAAGGAAUCGGGGUUCUCUUCACAUAUUUAUUUGGGUCGAGACAUGUAACCUAGUGUAGAAACCAGAACUUAUGUAUGAGAUGAUUUCAUUAUACAGUCGUCUCUUAAUAAAUAAAUAUCACAUCAGAAAA